AUGACGACUGCUGUGCAUGAUCAAGUUCAGAAAAAUCGUCAAAAUGCAUCAGAAUUAAAUUCACUUACUCAUAUAACACAACUUAAUUAUGAUGAUCAUUGGGAAGAAAUCGAAAUUCAUCUUAAAAGAGGAAAGAUACCAGCAAAACAAAAAAAUAAAAUUAUUAAAUUUUUAAUUUUAUUUAAGUCAUCUGGUCCUUAUUUGGGAUUUUCAAUUGGUGGUGGAAGUGAUAUUUUUCGUAUUAAUGGUUCUAGAGCUAUUGUUGUUACACGUAUUACUGCAGGUGGCCUUACUGAUCGUGACCAACAAUUAAAACUUCAUGAUAUUAUUUUACGCGUUAAUAAUAUCAAUUUUACUAAUAUUAAACAUCGAACAGCUGUUGAUAUCCUUCGAGCAGCUGAUAAUCAUGUUAACUUAUUAAUUCGUCGAUUAUUGCCACCUAUUCAGGAAAAAAUUUACAUAAAAAUACCACCCGGUACAAAUUUAGGUCUGCUAAUAGUAGGUGGCAUUGAUCAUGAAUAUAUUGAAGGGGAUCCAGGAAUAUUUAUCAUAAAUAUCAUUCCAGGAACAGUCGCUCAUGCAAAUGGACGAUUAAAAGUUGGUGAUCGUCUUAUGUAUAUACAAUCAUCAAAAAAUACAUUUGAUUUAACAUAUGUUUGGAAUGAACAAGCUGUUGAAUUAAUUCGACGUGCAUGCAAUGAAAGUGAAACAAUAACUUUAUUAGUUGGCCACCCAACAUAUUUAGAUGGUGCAAGGAAUGUCCAGAUGGAACCAACGACACGACGAAAAAUAAAAAGCUCGGUAAAACGAACAGAAGCAAUUACAGAAACUGUGAAGGAUAAUCCAGUUAAAAGGAGAAUUGUUGCUGAUAUUAAUAAUGGAAGUGGAAAUGCGAAAAAUAAUAAAGGUGAUGAUUAUGAUGAUGACCUAGGUAGAUCACGUAUAAGACACAAAUGUGAAGACACUAUUGUAACUGAUCUGAGAGGAAAAUUUGAUAAUGUUAUCGGAUUAAAGCAAGCCAAAGAAGCAUUGAAAGAAGCUAUUAUUUUGCCAGUUAUAUUUCCACAUUUUUUUCAAAAUAAACGUACACCAUGGACUAGUAUUUUACUCUAUGGACCUACUGGUACUGGUAAAUCAUAUUUAGCUAAAGCUAUUGACGCUGAAUGUAAAAGUCCAUUUAUUUCGGUGAGUUCAUUGGAUCUUUUUUCGGAGUGGCCCGACAAAAGUGAAAGAAAUGUGAAAGCUUUAUUUGAACAUGCUCGUGAACGACAACCCUAUAUUGUAUUUAUUGAUCAUAUUGAUGCUUUAUGCGGAAAGCGUAAUGAUACAGAAUCUGAAUCAUCAAGACGUAUCAAAAAAGAAUUUCUUGCUCAAAUGCAAAGUAUUAGAAAAGAUAAUCCAAGUGUUCUUGUACUUGCUGCUACCAAUAUUCCUUGGGCAUUGGAUACAACUAUACUACGAAGCUAUUCUGGUGCUGAUAUUAAUGUUGUUUGUCGAGAAGCUUUAUUAAGACCUAUUCGACGACUUCGUUCAGCAACUCAUUUCAAAAAGAUACGAAAUCCAAAGGCUUAUGGUCCUCGGCACCUUUGGCUUGUUUGUUCACCUGAAGAUCUAGCUGCUGAAGAGAUUACAUUAGAUAAAAUAAAAAGCGAGGACUUAUGCGAACCUCCAGUAACCAUGAAAGAUAUGAUAGCUGCUCUUGCUACACAGAAACCAACAGUAGGCAAAUAUGAAAUAUUAACAUACGAAAGAUUUACUCAACAGAUUAAUCAACAAGGUUCAUAA